AUGCGUGACAAGCUUAAGUUACUUAAACACUUUAUAUUUUUUAGCGUUCUCAUUUAUUUCCGCUACAUUCACGGAGCAACAGACAGUGCAAGCUCUAGAGUUGUGAUGACAAAAUAUGGUUCUUUGAAAGGAAUAAUUCAGGAGUUUAAAACCAACAAGGACCUCCGACCUGUUGAAGUAUUUUACGGCGUUCCUUAUGCGAGUGCCCCCAUCGGCUCAUUGAGAUUCAUGCCGCCCGUUACUCCACCGCACUGGCGAGGAAUCAGAAAUGCUUCCAUGUUUGGUCCGGUCUGUCCGCAGAAGUUUCCCGAUAUUGUAAAUCACACAGAAGCACUAAAGAGGAUGCCCCCCGGAAGAUUGGCUUACCUUCGACGCAUUCGUCCGAAACUCGUGAAUCAGAGUGAAGACUGCUUGUAUUUAAAUAUAUACGCUCCGACGACAAGUGGACGACGUGACUCAAAUCAUCUUCCAGUGGUGGUUUUCAUUCAAGGAGACUCUUACAACUGGAAUUCCGGAAAUUUAUAUGAUGGCAGUGUUUUAUCAAGUACUGCUGAUGUUAUCUUUAUAACUUUAAACUUUCGCCUCGGAAUUUUCGGAUUUUUACCAGCGCUAGAGGAAGCUACUCGUGGUAACUACGGCCUAAUGGAUCAGGUGGCUGCUCUACACUGGAUACGGGAAAACGUGUCAGUCUUUGGUGGAGAUGUUAGUAAUGUUACUAUUAUAGGGCAUGGCCAUGGAGCUGCAUUCGUAAACCUCUUGAUGAUCUCACCAAUGGCGGAAGGGCUAUUCCAUCGUUGUGUCAUGCACAGCGGAUCGGCACUGAGUCCGUGGGCUAUAGCCAGAGAAGCUCCAAAGUUCACUCGUCAAUUGGCUAGUAAACUUAAGUGUCCAAAUGAGAGCAACGUCAUAAUGAUAGACUGUCUAAGAAAUCGACCCAUGAAACAAAUACUGAACGUUCAAUUAGACGUUCCAGACUAUCUAACAGCAUUUGGACCAACCAUUGACGGAAUCGUAAUACCAAACGAGCCUGAGAUUUUGAUGAAAGAUUACAACAACCUGUACAACCAAUAUGAUCUUCUACUUGGUGUGUCCCGAAUGGAGUUUUAUUACAAGUUUUCGGCGAACGAAGAGCGUUAUGGCAUUGGCAAAGAUCGUCGAACUAAGCUAUUUCGAGAAUUAGUAAGGAAUGUGUACAAGUAUCAUUUAAAAGAAAUAUUCUAUGUGCUAGAAAACGAAUACACAGACUGGGAAAGAACAAUGGAACAUCCGAUUAACAUCCUCGAAACUACAGCACAUGCAAUCAGUGAUGGUCUCGUAGUUGGACCACUAUUUAAAGCUGCUAAAUAUCGUGCCAAAGGAAGUAAGAAAACGUUCCUUUUCGUAUUUGGUCAUCAAACUGAAGACUCCGAAUUUCCUAAGAGAUACGGAUGCAUCCAUGGGGAAGACCUUCCUUACGUUUUGGGCAUCCCUUUAGUUGGGAAACUUGCACAUUUCCAACAUAACUACUCGCGCUCGGAAACCUCACUAGCUCAGGCUGUUCUGAUUUACUGGUCCACUUUCGCUAAAAAAGGUGAUCCCAAUAUUCCAGAUGACGAAGAAGACAGAAUUAGGGGCCGUUUCGAGCGUAUCGAGUGGCCAGCCUUUGAAAACGUUUACCAAAAAUAUUUGAGUCUGGGAACCAAGCCGAAAAUCCGUGAUCAUUAUCGUGCCCAUCAGUUGUCUUUCUGGAACAAUCUAAUCCCUAAACUCCAUAGAAGCGGUGCCGGAUCUCCCCCUCAUCACAGUUUUCUUAAGGACCAUGCUAACACAUACAAAUACGAUGAAGUUGCUGUCUUAUCCACUGAUUUAGCAGCGUCAACAUCGGAGGGUAAUGUUAUCUCUACCGAAGAUAUUAGUAUUUCUUCCACUAUAAACGCCAGUGUGCUUUAUGUUACAUCUAAUGGCCCAUCGACCACUCCUCUCGCAAUGACUACUCCUGGAAUGUCCCUAAACUAUUCUACUGGCUCAGCGCACGUGUUUGAACAAAGUAGUUAUUCAACGGCACUCAGCGUCACCAUUGCAGUUGGCUGUUCUCUGCUCAUUCUCAAUAUUCUGGUUUUUACUGGAAUGUUUUACCAAAAAGAUAAAAACAGACUUGAAGUUAAGCUUCACAAAAACAACUACAAGCUCAAGAUGGUGCAAGAAUUUGACAACACCGCAAGUUUUCAACCUAAACAAGUGUCCCGUGUCCUUCCCUUAUCCUCGUCUAAUCAAGAACUUCCUCCUCAUGUCCUUCCCUUAUCCUCGUCCAAUCAAGAACUUCCUCCUCAUUUCCUUCCCUUAUCCUCGUCCAGUCAAGAACUUCCUCCACCUCCUCCUGUGCCACUACUUACACCUCCAAAGAUACCUCUAAAGCUAAUCUACGCCCCUCUUGAAGAGAAGCCUUUAUUUGAGACUCAAGCUCUGCUACACCGUACUUAUCACAGGAUGGCGCCACCUUCAAGAUAUACUUCUGAAGAAAUGAGAGUGUGA